GGAAUGAUGUAUUGAACAUUUAAAUAUUUUAGAGAGAUGUUACAAUAUAUUAAAAAAAAAAACCAAAAACAUUAAGUGAUUCCUCUAUAGAUUGAAGAAGAGCAAGGUAAAAUAAUUACAAAUUCAAAUAGAGUUUCAUUUACAAAAGUAAUAGGAUUAAUUUAAAGGGUUUGCUAUAGAUAUAAAAUAGACAAAUAAAUAAUUAAAGGAAGAUAUGAAAGUUUUACAAGAGACAUCUAAAUAGUUGAUGGAAUAAAUUUAAAAUUUAGGUUAUGUAUAAAUAAUUUCAUAUUCUAAGUUUAUUUAGAACUAAAAUUCAGAUGUUGAAUUAAAAUUAAAGCAAGUAGGAUAAAUGUUAUCAAUAAUUACUGAAGAACUGCAAAGUGAAAGUAAAUAUUUAUUAAAUUAAUUAGACAAAAAAGAUGUACAGUAGACGAAUAAAUCUGUAAUUAGAAUCGAUUAAUUUUUCUAAGAUUCAAAAGUUAACUCACCUAAUCCAUACGUUGAUUAUAAUAGUACAGCUUUGAAUUAAUUGGAUUAUGAAUGUUUUAUAGACUCGUUCUUAUGA